AUGGACGACGAUGUUGGAUGGGAUGUUCAACGUGUUUCCGAGUUCGUGAGGAAUAACCUAACUUCACACGAACUCUACUGUUCUCGGCGUGCUGGUCAUAAACCGUUUCGAAAUCCGAAAUCAAAAUGGGUCGUAACGAAGGAUGAGUGGAAUGAAACAAGUCUAUCCACCGCACUGUCUCGGAUGAUAGAUGAUAUUUUUAUUACUGGAGUUCUUCGCCAAGCAGCUAAUGUCAGCAUUACGAACAUGGACACGAUUUCUGGAAACGUACAUUAUCCAAAAGACCGCCCCUAUGGCAAAAUUGCCUUUCUCACGGAGAAGAAAUAUGUCCGCCAUUGGUUCUUUGGAUAA